AAAAAAAAUAAUAAAAUAAAGUGGAAUGGAGUGAAAUGCGUUGGUAGAUUAGCGAAGCAUCCGCAAUUUUGAUUCUAUAUUUUAAUAAAUGUUAUCCGGCAUUAUUCUUUGGAAUAAAAAUACAGUAUCUGAGUGUGGAAAGAAAAUAUUUUAAUCUCCUUCACUUGAACUAUGCUUGAGGUGAGUACGAACAUUUAAAAGUACUGAAGUCUCGUAACCGCCAUUUUCUUUGUACUGUGCAGUAUUAACUUGCUCGUGAAAAACAUUGAUAUAUGUCUGUUGUCUCGAGAAUUGUAAACUGUAUCAAUAACAAAAUCAUUGGCCGUAACGUGCUUAAUUUUGUGUAAAGUUUUCGUUAGUUAAACAUUUUUGACUAAUUUUCAUAGUGGUAUUAUUUGCAAAUGGCGGACGCCGAUAUAGAUUUAUAUGCUGAUGACAUAGACCAUGAUUUCAAUCAAGAGAAUGAUUACAAUCAUGACACUAAUGUAGAUCUCUAUGAUGAUGUCAUAACUGCACCAUCGGAUGAUCAUCAUAAUAAUGAAGGCAGGCCCUCAUCUGCUGGUAGUUCACCUCCUCACCAUUCUAAGCAUACCGGUAAACGCUAUGCUGUUUAUGUCGGGAAUUUGACAUGGUGGACAACGGAUCAAGAUCUGACCGAAGCUAUGCAGAGUCUUGGGGUAAAUGAUAUUUUGGAAAUAAAAUUCUAUGAAAAUCGUGCCAAUGGUCAGUCUAAAGGGUUUUGCGUUGUUGCUCUUCGAUCUGAGAAAUCAUUAAUGACGCUAAUGGAAAAAUUUCCUAAAAAAGAAAUACACGGUCAAAAUCCUGCUGUAACUGCCUGUACUCGACAGAAUUUGAAUUAUUUUGAGUUGCAGUCAAGGAAAGGUGGCCAUGGUGGGGGUAAUCGACAUGAAAAUUCUAAUGAACGACGAAGUAGAGACAGAGAUAGGGAACGUGAUCGUGACAGUAGAGAUAUGCGUGCUGAUAAUAGAUCCAUGCAGCAAGAAAGAUCAAGGAGUCGAAAUAAUACUCCUCAGAAUUAUCAACAACAACAGCGCAUUCCUACCGGGCCACAUGUUCAUCCACCUCCACAGGGUCCUCCACCACCUCAAUAUCAGCCAGGGCGAACACCCUGGAUAUCGGCUCCUCCCCCUCAAAUUCAUCAAAUGCCACCACCUCCAACUCGUCCUAGUGCACCACAAAUUAAUACUGGUGCUCCUCCACCACCACCUGGAUUACAAGCACCUCCUCCUGUUAGACCUGGCCCUCCACCACCUAACAAUAUGAGACUUCCUCCUCCAAGAGGGCCUAUGCCCCCAGUAGGACCAAGAAGUGUUCCACCACCUGAUACUCGUGGACCGCCUCCGAGUAAUGAGUGGGAAAGACAACUUAGUCAGCCUCCACCACAACAUGUUAGCAUUCCACCUCAACCAGUUGGCCCUCCAAACAGACCACCUCCACCAGUACCUGCUCCAGGACAAGGAAUACCUCCUUCUAUACCACCUCCAGCACCACCUAUACCUAGUCCACAUAUUAAUCCAGCCUUCUUUCAUCAACAAGGUGUCCCUCCUGGUCUUGCUCCGACAUCCCAAGGUGGAGACUUGUAUACUCGUCCUCCUCCUGUUCAGUUUUCUGAUUAUCGAUCUGUAGGUGAUAGAGGAACUGAAUCAUCAGCUCCUGCAAUAAGUGAUCAAGAAUUUGAAGAAAUCAUGUCACGUAAUCGUACUGUGUCCAGCAGUGCCAUUGCAAGAGCAGUAGCUGAUGCUAGUGCAGCAGAUUAUGCAAGUGCUAUUGAAACCUUGGUUACAGCAAUUUCGUUGAUUAAGCAGUCAAAGGUGGCUAAUGAUGAAAGAUGUAAAAUCUUGAUCAGUUCUCUUCAGGAUACUCUGCAUGGUAUUGAAUCCAAGUCGUAUGGAUCCAGAAGUAAGGAAAGAGCACGUUCUCGGGAACGUGAAAGAUCAAGAGAGCGUUCUUCAAGGAGAGAGAAGUCUAGCAGAAGAGAUAGAUCCCGUAGCCGAGAUCGAGAAUACAGAGAUAGAAGCCGAGAAAGGGAUCGUUAUCAUGACGAUCGCUAUCGAGACAAGGAUCGUGACCAUGAUAGAGAUCGCAGAAGCAGUCGUCAUUGAAUGUAAUGUUGAUUACCACAUGACUGGUAUUUCAAGAAUCUGGAAAAAUAUUCUAUGCUUUGCUAGCAUGGCAGUUUCAAUAGCUGGAAGACCUAUUAAAUUAGGUAAAGUGGAUGGUUACCAAAAUAGAAGCAAUGAUAU